CCAAAAACCUUCAAAGAGACCUUGGAGUAGGUGAACAGUAUAAAAUUGCUCACUGGGUGACAGCAGGACACUCAGUCAGGCCCUGAGGUUUGUUGCAGCUACAGUAUGUUGGUUUUUUCUUGGUCUCUUGUGGCCCUGCUACUGACAUCCUCUUCCUGUGCUGAGGAAGAGGUUGCUGCCACUGAGGAGGACACAUCCAGGGAGCUGUCUGUUGGCGCACUGCUGGAGAGAGCCAACAGAGACCGCACCCCUGACAUUGAUGAGCCCACCCUGAUCGGAGGAGACAUUGCUAUCAAGUCAUGGGCCGACAGAAACGCUGACCCCUGCACCACCAGCGGCUGCCUGUGGGGAAAGUGGAGUGAUGGGAAGGUUUACAUCCCUUACUACAUCGCCAGCCACUUCUCCUCCAGAGAGCAGGCCAUCAUCACUCGUGGACUGGAGUCCUUUUCUUCAGUAUCCUGUAUCCGUUUCAGACCCUAUCAGAAUGGUGAUCGUGACUGGCUGAGUAUCGAGUCCAGGAAUGGCUGCUACUCCUAUGUUGGUCGCCUGGGUGGUGGUCAGACUGUGUCUCUGAGCCAUCAGGGCUGCCUGUACCACAGCACUGUCCAGCAUGAGCUGCUCCACGCUCUCGGCUUCAACCAUGAACAGACUCGCUCUGACAGGGACAACCACAUCCAGGUGUACUGGGAAAACAUCAUGGAUGGAAUGGAUUACAACUUCUACAAGAUCGACACUCUGAACCAGGGAACUCCUUAUGACUACAAUUCUGUCAUGCAAUAUGAGAAGUAUGCCUUCUCCAAGAACAACCUUCCCACUAUGAUGCCCAUUCCCAACAGCAAUGUGUCCUUUGGCCAGGCCACCCAGAUGAGCAAGAAUGACAUUGAUAGGCUAAACAGGCUGUACAAAUGCUAAACUGUGCGUGACCUUUGACCUGCUGCCUGGAUGACAUCAGAGCAUGCAGACGGAGGAAAUAAGCAGUUUCAGUUGUCCUCUAGCAAUAAACCUGCAAACUUCAAAAGCAUUAAAAGCUGAUUGCCACCUCAUUGACACUGCACCAAAUACUUUGUGAAAUCUGGAGAUGUUAAUAAGA